AGAGGACGGGGGGGGGGAAGAGAAAUAUAAGGAGAAAAAAAACUAAAAACGACCAAACAUGUUGCCUUCCCAAGAAGCCUCCAAGAUCUACCAUGACAAUUAUAUGCGCAACUCCCGGGCCAUCGGGGUGCUGUGGGCCAUCUUCACCAUCUGCUUUGCCAUAGUCAACGUGGUGGUGUUCAUCCAGCCCUACUGGAUCGGCGACAGCGUCAACACGCCGCAGGCCGGCUACUUCGGCCUCUUCCACUACUGCGUGGGCACCGGGCCGUCGCCCAGCCGGGAGCUCACCUGCGUGGGCAGCUUCUCCGACUUCAGCUCCAUCCCGUCCGGAGCAUUCAAGGCGGCUUCUGUGUUUGUGCUGCUGUCCAUGGUGCUGAUCCUCAGCUGCAUCGCCUGCAUGGCGCUCUUUUUCUUCUGCAACACCUCCACCGUUUACAAGACCUGCGCCUGGAUGCAGCUGCUGUGCGGAGUGUGCCUGGUGCUGGGUUGCAUGAUCUUCCCUGACGGAUGGGACGCAGAGGUGAUCCGGGACAUGUGCGGAGAGCAGACGGGGAAAUACUCCUUAGGCGAUUGCUCUGUACGCUGGGCAUAUAUGCUUGCUAUCAUGGGCAUCCUGGACGCACUCAUCCUCUCCUUCCUGGCCUUCGUCCUGGGUAACCGGCAGACAGACUUCUAUCUUGAUGAUUUGCAGACAGACAACAAAGAUUUUGCUGUGUCAAGGAUUGAGGUGCGGGACAGAAGAGAGCCAAGGUAUGGUGUUCAGCGUCUCCACUGAGGACAACAAUGGCAGUGGACAACUUCUCUUCUCUUCUCUUCUCUUCUCUUCUCUUCUGUUCUCUUCUCUUCUCUUCUUUCCCCACCCCCACUCUCUUCUUCUCUCCAAUGAUCAGGAUAUCACCCAAUCUCAAUGCAGACACCAAGUGUACAGGAUUCUGUAAGAUAAAAAAAUAAAUAAAUAAAUAAAUAAACAAAACAAAACACACACAACUAUAUUUUGAAAAAAAAAAACAUACAAGGUUGUACAGUGCAUUUAACACUCGACUUUCUCAACGAAUUCCUUUAUGAUGAAAAGAUUUACUGUAUUUAAAGUCUUGAUUUGUGUGAGAAACUCAAUCCUUAAGAUGAAGAACCAUAAUGUCCAUUUAUAAUUUUAAGAUGAUUUAUUUAAAAUCUUGCUAUUUAAUGACUUUGAGUUUGUGUGUUGUGUGCAUUCAUAGCUUCAGACGGCAGACACUCCUCGUGCAGUGAUAGAGUCAAGACUUGCAAUACAGCGGCAAGUACAUUAUUAAACACUCACAACACUUCAACAGGGAAUUGUAUGGCUCUUCAUCUAAGGACUUUCAAAUGUGAGGAAUUUAAAGGAGUACCCCAUUGCAGCUUUACAGAACCUCAACAUCUCUGGGAGAUUCUCUACUGUACAUACUGAACAAUGUAAAUAACAUUACUCCUGACACAAACAGCCGACAACAAAACCUCAUCUGACUCUAAUGCAUUCAAGUAUAGUAUUUCUACCCUUGGUUUCAUUGUUCUUCUUGCCCGAAGAGCAUCAGAGUAUGUGCAGAUCCUUUGUGUUUAUAUGACUCCGCGAUACUGAUUUGGUAUAUGAAAGAUGGAAAUAAACUGGAUAUUUUAGAUCAGCCCUGUCUUGCUGAGUGGCAUAUAAAUAACACGACAAAGUCUCAAGUUAUUUUUGCUUUUUGUUUGUCAUUUAACAUUUGUCAUUUUAGAUAUACAGAAAAAAAAUAUCAGGUGAUAUAAGGGUAUAAAGACCAAGGAAGUUUGAGAGAUGAAAAUGUGGUGAUGGAUGGGUCAAACAAACAAGGGACUUUCACCUAGAGGACCAGUGUUUGUGUCCUGUGUUAAGCCAAAAGUCAACAUGACUUAUUUUAACUUAGGUCUGCUAGUUAAAUAGUGAGUAAGUGAGUUUUUCUGCCUAAACAAACUGUGUCUAUGACAACGUAGGUCACAAAUCAUAUAAUGUCUGUUAAAUGACACACAAAAUGUUCUUAAAUGUGCCAUGCUAUUUAUAUGCCAUCCCAUGACAUCAUGCUCCUUCGCUGGAUAUUCCAGAGAAAGGCAGAGGACCAUGAAUCAAAGUGAUCGUGUAGGGCCACAGAAGAAAGAUGCCUCCCUUGCAUCAAAACGGCCUAAAAAUGUGCCCCUUAUUGUAGUAUUUCAACCUACAGUAUGUACUAAAAAUUCAGAUUGCUGAACUUAACUUCCGCUGUAAGUCAGACUUAGAAGUCAUGUUUUUUGUCUAAGUUCAUUGCUUUGUAAUACCCUUUUUUUCAGUGUGCAGUUUACUCCAGUUUAUGGUUCCAGCAUACAGUGAUAGUUUACUCUGCGGUGUCUUAAGACUGUGUGAAUAUGGCUGUAUGAGUCGGCCUUCUCUCAGUGGGAAGCCCCAAGUGCUGCAUUGUCUUAAGGUGAUGUCACUUAUAUGCCUCUUUGAAUAAGCAACACUGCUUGUAGUUGGAAUAGGGAUCAUAAGAGGGACAAAAUCACAGCAAAUAUCCCCCAAAUUAAAGUCUCAAAUCACAUCAAAAAUGUUGUUUCUGCAACAUGAAUAUUGGUCAACAAAAUAUACUGGGACUUGGUGUUUGACCAUUUAAUCCUUGCUUCAGUGUUACACAUCACUUUAGAUAUCAAGUGACUUGUAUUGGGCCUCGUGCAGGAACAUUUUAAAAUAUAGCUUUUUGUCAAACGCAUGUAUCAUUUUGGAUUCUGCAAACUUUCCAAGUGCUAUAUAAGGGGACUGCACUGUGCUAUGUCUGAGAUAAAGAUGAUUUGAUAUGAAGCUAAAAACUAAAAAACCUUGCUAAAGUAAAGCAGCCCGUGACUUAGAUGGCAGGCACUUAACGUAGCUUGACCAGAAACCAAUGGGAAGAUAAUACACAGCAACAGCAACCGAAGUUGCCUUACAUAAAUAUGGCAAUCAUAUCAGAAACAUAAAUCCAAAAAUGAGAAAUACUUCCUCACAGUAAAUUGGCUAGCUAACUAUUAAUGAAUGGUGAACAGAACAUUAUUCAUUGACUUUGACAAGAUAUUUCAACUUCAGAUUAUUUAGUCAAAUAAAAGCAUCAUAAUUCAUAAGCCAGUCUACCUGUGGAUCAACGCAGAGCAUUUGUUGGGUGCUGGAACACAAAUGAAUUUCGCUAGAACCACAAAUUCUAAACAUAAUGAAUUCUGUACAAAUGAUUCUUGCAUGAGGCCCGACAAAUACUGGUCCCAACCUAUAAUAUAGCUGCCAUGUGUUGUAGUAACACAGUCCCAGGAGAAAUGCGGAUACGUGAACUCACUCAACAUAAUUUAUGUAGCCACUACCCAGUUUAUUGUUGCUCAAACAGUAAUUUACCUUUAUGUAGCACUCAAGAUAAUGCCAGUGACACUGGCUGUUAACAAAAUACCUAUGACAUUAACAAUGAUCACUGCUACACCAGCAACAUAAAGGUUGAAAUUUAUACAAGAUGUCAGGAUGUUUGAAUCAAGACAACCAUGAGGUGAUUGACUUGACAGACCUGAUUUGUUGUUUUGAUAACCCGUGUUCAUAAAUUUAUGAAAAUGUGCAACUCUGAACUAAAAACUGCUACCAACUCUGCGAGUAUGACAUCACUUGCAGUGGGGAUCUAUGACUCAACAUUAUACCCAUGAGCGCCCCUCUAUGGGCUGUAGCCACAUGCAACAGUGACACUGACUGUCACGAUAUCGUUGACAAGUAUGAGUCUAACGUGAUAAGUUGUGGUUGCACCAUGGGGCUGUCAUCCCUCUCAGAGCAGAAUGUCUAGGCUGUAAGUGAACCUCCUUAGGCACCAAACUGGGGUUGAGUCGAGAAGGGAAUAAAAUUAGUUGUUAAAAAAAUAAUAAAUCACAUGCUAAUUGUUUAGUAUGAGGAAUUAGCAUGCUUUGUGCAUUUGGGGUGGAAGUCAUGAUCAAUACUGUAAACCCUGAGACAGCAUUUUACAUAGCUAAAGCCCAGUUCAGACCAAAGACUCAGGACGAGACAGAACUGUUUUUGGAACGUUAAGAGGAAAGUUGUAGCGGUGUGAACUGGUCUGUCUCAGCUUGACUCAAGUCAUCUGAUGCUUUUAGAACAAACAGCCAAUCAGUGCCUCGCUAUGAAGUCAGCUCAUCAAGUCAGUUAGAAACCGUGCU